AUGCUGAACGCAAUAUUUGCAACCAUUAGAUAUAAUGAAACUACUACCCUGAUUUGGUACAAUAAUAAGACAUUUACUCAUAAAGGUGUAUGCAUGUAUCUCAACAUAGAUGCUAUAUUCUCUGUAGUAAGAUUCACAGCACCGAUGAAUGGGAAUUAUAGCCUAGACGUGACGUUCACACACGUUGAUGAUAAUGCAACUACUCGACAUACAGGAUCAAUUGACAGCGGGGUUGCCGUAAGACCAUCGAUUUCAUUAGCCGUUGCCUCGGAUAAUUUGUUCAAUAACAAAAUGACUCUUGUCCGUGUGGAUAUUCGUUUAUUGGGCACAAAUUCAACGACUGAAUCCUCAAUAAACACGAAUCCAGCAAAUUCAACGUAUGGGAAUAAAGUGGGAAUUAUUAUUGGAACACUCGGAGCUUCAUUGACUGUUAUUCUGAGGAAAUCUUCACCAAUUAGACAAUUUACUUCACUUCGAGAACUUUAUAUGGAAGAUUGUGAAGAAUUAUCUAAUUUGGAUUGUUUAAUUUUUGCUUCAUUGUUUACACAAUUAACAAUUUUAAAUCAUUUUACAAAGAUUACCGAAUUAACUUUACUGAAUUUAAGUCUUGAACAAAUAAUAGCAGGUGGUAUUGUAAAGGAAGAGGAGGGGAGGAAUAAAACGAUUACUAUAAAACCUACAGUACAAGCUGUACAAGCGAAACUAUUUACAUUGAUG